AUGAAUCGAGUACCUGGGGAUUCUCAAUUCCACAGCUCCAACUCUCAGGAUAGCCCGCGGUUCUCAGAGCCAUACAACCUCUACCAAUUCUAUAACACAGAUGGCCCCUGGGUUCCCCAAAACAUCAUCCAGCCGGCGGACACGCUAAAUUCCUCAUCUCGUCCGUCUGCUUAUAAUAGCGGAGCGCGCAGCUUUCAUGACUACAGGAGCACUGGCUUGCCCUCUGAGUGCGGCACUGCUCCAGACGACUCUGGUUAUGGAGGUUCUCGCUCGACAUAUAGCUUCGCUGAGAGCGUCGCGGGGAAUGACCGGUGUACGGAAAACGUCUACCUAGAGACUGCGGCGGAGCAGAUGAUUGGCGACUUGAACAUCAACCCCGUCGUACCGAUGUACACGCCACCUCAAAUGCAGCACCAUCAAGCUUCCCCUGUAGAAUUCCGAUGUGAACACUGUGGUGCCGCUUGCAAGACGAAAUCAGAGCUCAAGAAGCACAGCGCCAGGCAUAUCAAGCCGUACAAAUGCACCUACGAAUCUUGUUCCAAGGCUAAACAGGGAUUCAGCACGCCCAACGACCUAGCCAGACACAAGAAAACAGUCCAUCGCGAGCACAAUGACAACGACCCUAUAUACAUCUGCCGCCAUGGCAGCUGUUCUCGAAAGAAGGAAAAGCUGUGGCCAAGAGCCGACAAUUUCCGGAGUCAUCUGGCCCGUUCUCAUAACAUAACUCUCAAAGCAGACAGUGAUCUUGGAGAAUACCGCCACAAACCGGAUACCACAAAGGCACCUAGAAUCCAGGACAAGGCACGAUCAACUGCUCAUGUAAACCCCGGACAUCGACCGAUGCAGCUGCAAGAUGCUCCUCUUUUAUAUACGUGCCCUCACCAGUCGUGCCCCCAAGCAAAAGGGAAGACAUGGCCAAGAGCCGAUGACAUUCGGGCUCAUUUAUCUCAUGACCAUAACUUACAGCUUGACGAUGACCUCAAGGGUUACCACUUCCAAUCGGAAGCAACAGAGGCGCACGCGCUUCGAGGCGUUGGAUCCUCCAUCGCUGAUGUUGACCCGGAGCCCCGACCGCCGCAACUGCAGGAUUCUCCUGACUUGCGGGGCGACCAAGUUUCAACAACUGCCUCGGGUCAGGUACAAAACGAAUCCUCAAAGCAAAGUGACUUGCCACUAACCCAGACGUGUCUGACAAGCGGGGAUAGACCGCCGCUGAUGCGGCCAGGUAUUCUAGAUGCCCUGACGAUGUCCUCAGUCCCUGGCUCUGAAACUCUUGCCAGCCAUCCGAUCGUUGAUUUGACAUGUGCUGAUGAAGGCUCUCCUGGAGAGUCCGAAGCUAUGCUGCCUCGCGAUGAAGUAAUACCAGAAACAUUUGAUCAUGAAGGAGAUGAUAUCAUUGGGGACGAAGAAAUACUCGAUCGCCAAGAACCAUUGAUGCUCGAAAUUGCUUCACCCGCCGCAUCAGUUCAGCUCAAGGUUGACAGUCCUCAAGAUGAUAUCCCCGAUUCCCCGAUGGCAACAAAGAUGCCUGAUCAGGUCCUUGAAGCAUCCGCAGCGGCGCCAGCCGACGCACCCACUUUGGAAUCAUGUAAGGAGCUGCUCCCUCUUUUCAAAAACGCUCCGACGAGGGACAUUCUCUCGUUUCUCAGAAACAUCCCCAAGAAUCUACUAGAGCAGGCCCUAAAGCCUGAGGAUCAACCAGCAAGCGGGAAUGAGGAUUCGAGUGACCCGGGUGAGCACCAGAAGGCAGAAAUACUCUGUAAGGCGUGUGGGAAAGCAUUUUCUCGAAAUUGCGAACUUAGAAAACAUAUGAAACGGCAUGAGAAGCCCUAUGGGUGUACCUACAAAACGUGUGGCAAGAAGUUUGGCAGCAAGAAUGACUGGAAAAGACAUGAGAGCAGUCAGCAUUUCCAGCUCGAAUCCUGGAACUGCAAUGUUCCGGGCUGUGACAUAGUGGUGCCUCGUCGAGAGCUAUUCAAAUCGCAUCUCAUGGAUCAUCACAAUGUACAAGACAGCCAAGAGAUUGAGAAACGGCAGGAGGACUGCAGACUAGGUCGACACUGCGAUCCACGCUUCUGGUGCGGUUUCUGUGAUAAAUUCGUUGAGAUCAAAGGAGAGGUUGUCAACUCCUGGACCAAGAGGUGCGACCACAUUGAUAGCCACUUGUUUGGUAAAGACGGGCUGGAGAGGAAAACCAUGCGCCAGUGGCGCUACCUUGAAGAUAAGCUGGCAGAGUGGGAACCCAAAGGCAAACCGGCAGAGGGCUCAUCCAGUGCCGGCAAGAAGCGGAAGGCUACAGAGGAUGUGAGCUCGCGUCCAUCCAAGAGAACCAACAUUAGUUGGAACUGGAACUGUUGUCGCUGUGGCCAUCUGGAAACCUAUCACACGAGUAGUUCUUGCCAGGAGGGCGAGUGCCAACACCAGCGCUGCAGUAACUGUAAGAUAGAGGCAACUGAAGUGCGAGAUGACGACGAUACCGAGAUGGUGAAUAUGAACCAAGGGGCAGUGUAA